AUUUAACUUGCGCUAUUUGAGUGCAGAAAAAUAGGCAAUUACCGUCGAUAUUGUGAUUUUUUGCAAUUUAAGAAUAAAUUUUAAAAAUUGUGAAAAGAUGACGACUUACCUGACCGACAGUGAUGGCAAAUUUAUACCAGCGACUCAAAGACCGGAUGGUACUUGGCGGAAAGCUCGCCGGGUCAAAGAUGGCUAUGUGCCGCAGGAAGAGGUGCCCUUGUACGAGAGCAAAGGCAAACAGUUUGCACAACGUAAGAGCACACUACCGCCUGGCAUGUGUCCCCUAGUCGCCGAGCAGACCAAAAAGGAGCGUGAAAAGCAGGAACGCGCCAAAGCCAAAAAGUUGGCAAAACAGGAGGAUAAUCAACCAGCUUCAAAAGCGGGGAGUGGGAACAAUAAAAAACCAAAGCAAACUCAAUCACCUGGCUUGCUGGUACUAGCCAACAGUGAUACUACUAAAGCAGCAUUACCAAAAGCGAAUGCUAACACUAAUAAAGUAACGACAUCAGGUGCAAACGUCAACGAAGCAGUAGCGAAUCUGGCGAACGAUUUACAAAGCACUUUAAAAGUGCAGCCAGAUGAUGGGCAAGAAGCGUCAAAGAAAAUGAAAAAGCUACGCAAAAAACUACGAGAGAUUGAAACUAUCGAACAGCGUAUUAAAAGUGGUGAGCUCAAAAAACCCGAAAAAGAUCAACUAGACAAAGUGAAGCGAAAAAAGGAGAUACUCAAGGAAAUUAAGCAGUUGGAAGAAGAAGAAGCGGCGUUAGACAAGAGCAAAACUAGCAACUGAAAUAGGCAUGCUUAAGAGGAGUUAAGCGCGCACUAAUUCAGCUCUGGAGUGCCAUGGAAAUAUAUAUGAACGUAAAUACAUGUAAAUGCUGUACACCAUCACCCACAGAUUACCUACUCUUGAGAUGGGCUAACAAUACAUAUACGUAUAAUGCGUGCAUACAUAAAUAAUUGUGCUAUUGUUAAUAUUUUAACAUCCUAAUAAUUUUACUAUUUAAGCGCGACGGGUUUCUUUUCUUAGAUACUUGUCGUCCGUUAUUUUUUUUUUUUUAAUUGGUUUUGCGCUUUGCAAUUUUUGUUUAUAAAUAUGUGCGCAAAAUAGCAAUCGAGGUAAUGCUGUUAAAGAAUCAACGCAAUGGCGCAAUUUAGAUAUAAGAAAAUGCUUAUUUACAGGCGAAAAUUAUAUUUCAGUUGCGUUGCUUGCUGUAAUGAAUCUAUUACUCAAUUACUUUUGUAUUUUGCGUGAUUUUAGUUAUAAUUUAAAAAAGUGCAUUUUGCAGUUAUAUCUAUACAUUUUUUUAACUUUCGGCCUCGAAUGUCCAAUUUGUGUCCUUUCGUGAAAUUUGUACAUGAACCUUCAAAGCUAGUUGCGUCCACGAAGUAUGAAGCAAUCGAAAUAUUUCAAUUUUAUAUUAUAAUACAGCACUACCUUAUCUUAUAUUAAUUAUUUAUACAAAAACAAAAAACAAGAAAAUUGUACAACUGCCUAAAACUUGCGCAUUCUGUUUUCAUGCAAAGACAAAAUUAUCAAGUAGUACUAAGCAAAAACUAAAACAACAACAAAUAAAUGCUUGCUAGUAGAGUAAGAAUGAGGUUAGGUUUGGUAUUUUUAAGCGGUGGAAAACGAUUGAAAAGCAUUUAAAAAUGUCCAUACCAUUAAUGAGAUUGUCAGAAAUGUAAAGAUACAAACAAACGUACUAAAUAAGCCAACAAAUUAAGCGAAGAUGACUCCAAAGAUGACGAUAAAUCAAACUGUAUAAAGUAGCAGUGUUACUUUUAUAAUAUGUAUUUGUAAAAUAGAAUUUGUGAAUGUGUGCGAUGGUACUUCAUUUAAAAAUAAAUUAUAAGAAGAAAAAAACGAAUUAUGACUAUUGUAUAUUACUUUUACUUUUUAAAAAUAAUUUUACAGUUUUAUGUGAGGUAUAUUGUAGUUUACAUUGUAAUGCAUAUUAUAAACAAAUUUAAUAUUUAUGUAUAGUUUGUAGAGUUGAAGUCAAUAUUGAAAACAAACAAAGUUGUGAAUCUUGUAAACUCCAGCAACAUUUAGAAUCAAAUAAAUGUUUAUCAAUGAAUAUAAUGAGUAUUUUUAGAAAAGAGAAACAAUAAAAUAUCAAAGAAA